GAAAAUUGGCAGCCGCGGAGACCCGGCUCUGAGAAGGCAAAGACUUGGCAAGGGCAGGUUGGAGGCUUAUCCUGGACAUCUGAGUGUUGACCCUGGGGGCUUACGCGGCUGCCACCGCCGCGGCAACCACAGGCCCAGCUUCGAAGGCCAAGGCUGUGCACCGCGGACCACCACCAUGUCCACCCCUGGGGUCAAUGCGUCCGCCUCCUCUACCCCCGACCGUCCCAACAGCCCGGUGACCAUCCCGGCGGUGAUGUUCAUCUUCGGGGUGGUGGGCAACCUGGUGGCCAUUGUGGUGCUGUGCAAGUCGCGCAAGGAGCAGAAGGAGACGACCUUUUAUACGUUGGUUUGCGGACUGGCCGUCACCGACCUGCUGGGCACGUUGCUGGUAAGCCCGGUGACCAUCGCCACAUACAUGAAGGGCCAGUGGCCCGGAGGCGAAGCGCUCUGCGAGUACAGCACCUUCAUCCUGCUCUUCUUCGGCCUGUCGGGCCUCAGCAUCAUCUGUGCCAUGAGUAUCGAGCGCUACCUGGCCAUCAACCACGCCUACUUCUACAGCCACUACGUGGACAAGCGGCUGGCGGGCCUGACGCUUGUCGCGGUCUAUGCGUCCAACGUGCUCUUCUGCGCGCUGCCCAACAUGGGCCUGGGCAGCUCGCGGCUGCAGUACCCGGACACCUGGUGUUUCAUCGACUGGACCACCAACGUGACGGCGCACGCCGCCUUCUCCUACAUGUACGCGGGCUUCAGCUCCUUCCUCAUUCUCGCCACGGUGCUCUGCAACGUGCUCGUGUGCGGCGCGCUGCUCCGCAUGCACCGCCAGUUCAUGCGCCGCACCUCGCUGGGCACCGAGCAGCACCACGCGGCGGGUCCCUUGGCCGUGCCCUGGGCCCCCUGCCGGGGCAACCCGGCCGCCGCCUCCCCCGCCCUGCCGCGCCUCAGCGACUUUCGCCGCCGCCGGAGUUUCCGCCGCAUCGCGGGUGCCGAGAUCCAGAUGGUCAUCUUACUCAUCGCCACCUCCCUGGUGGUGCUCAUCUGCUCCAUCCCUCUCGUGGUACGGGUGUUCAUCAACCAGUUAUAUCAGCCACGUUUGGUGCCAGAAAUCAGCAAAAACCCAGAUUUGCAGGCCAUCCGAAUUGCUGCUGUGAACCCCAUCCUGGACCCCUGGAUAUAUAUCCUUCUGCGGAAGACCGUGCUCAGCAAAGCAAUCGAGAAGAUUAAAUGCCUCUUCUGCCGCAUCGGCGGGUCCCGCAGAGACCGUUCCGGACAGCACUGCUCAGACAGCAGAAGGACAUCUUCCGCCAUGUCUGCUCAUUCGCGCUCCUUCCUCUCGCGAGAGCUGAAGGAGAUCAGCAGCACAUCUCAGACCCUCCUUUACAUGCCCGACCUCAGUGAAAACGGUCUCGGAGGCAGGAAUCUGCUUCCGGGUGUACCCGGCAUGGGCCUGGCCCAAAUAGACACCACCUCACUGAGGACUUUGCGAAUAUCGGAGACUUCGGACUCCUCCCAGGGGCAGGAUUCAGAGAGUGUUUUACUGGUGGACGAGGUCAGUGGGAGUAGCAGGUCUGGCCCUGCCCCAAAGGGGAACUCUCUGCAAGUCACAUUUCCCAAUGAAACGCUGAACUUAUCAGAAAAAUGUAUAUAGUAGCUACAGAAAGAAACACAGCACUAGUUCUGGAAGAACAUAAAAAUCCUGUGCAAUAGACACAUAAAUGAAGUGUUUAGCUGUGCUCAGAAGGGCUGUUCGGGCCCUUCAACUCACAUUAAAGAACAUUUGGGCUUUUUAGCACUUUUCAAGCAAUCAAGGUGAUUCCUACAGGACCCGAUGUCUGAAGCACAUUGGUUGUCACUUCACUAGGACACAGGAUUUCUAUCACCACUUGAUGGCUGGCAAGAUCUACCCUCAGUUUUUCUACUUGAUAGGAGGAUGGCAUAAGUUUUGCUAUUUUCAUAACACCCAGAGCUUUAUACCCGGCGUACAGCAGAAGGCCAGGUACAGAAGGGCUCUAUUCCAAUAAACUAUGAGGACUAUCUUAUGACUUAAGUGUUUCACUAAAGCAUGAAAUGUGAAUUUUAUUGUUGUAAAUAUGGUUUAAGGUAUUUAAAGUAUUUUCUUCUCUGUGAGAAGGUUUGUUGUUAAUACAAGGUAUAAUGAAAUUAUGGUAAUUCCUCUCUUCCCAGUAUAACCAGCUCAAGUUGCAGAAGUUAUGUAUUUUUUUUCAUAAACAAGUUCAGGCCAAGGUGUUGAAAAUCACAGUGAGACUCCGAGCUAUACAAAUUUUUAAAAGAAAGAGUUUAGGAUUAUAAAAGGAAUCAAGCAAAAUGCUAUUUUAAGACAUGAAUAUUAGCCCAAAAUGUUAGUUCUUUCCAAGCUAUGUAUAAUAAUACAUGGUGAAAAUUUUUAGUGAUGCUACAUGUAUUUAUCCAGAAAAUGGUGAUUUCAGGAGAGGCUAACCUGCUGGUAAAUAUUUUCUAUUUUUGUCCCCUCUGAUACUUUUUAAAAUAUAAAAUUUUUAAAGUCUCACUAACCCAUAAUUGAAGUGUAUAAUAUAAAAGAAGUCCAAGCAACUUGUUUCCCUCUUAAAGUGUUCAUAGUUUUACUUUCCUAAGGAAUGAUCUAGAAUAUCCUUUAAAAUUUAAGAGGAAGGCAGAUUGUACCAUGAAGGCCUUUAUUUUGAGAUGUGGAAGGAUCACAAAUUUUGUGAGUUGAACAACAUAAGGGGUAUAGAAGUUGGACACAUGAGGGUGCCCUUCUUGUGGUUUUGUGAAUUACCCAGUGAUGCUGUACACAUUUGAAGGACCUUUCUCAAGGAAAUACUAAGCAUGUUUUGUUGCUUAAAAGUGUUUUUGUGAAUCGCUUGGUUAUAACCAAAUUCUGAGCCUGAUAGUGAUGUGGUUUUGAGAAGCGGUUGUACUAACUGAAAUUAUUUUGGAGAUUAUAAUAAAUAAAUACACUCAGUCUGAGUUCCAUAUCAUCA